UCAUAAAGGCCGCGACGUUCGAAUGUUGAUCUUCUCUGGUAAUAUUUUGACAAUUUGAAAGAAAAUUUUAUAAACUUAAUCUAAAUUGUAUCGCGAUGAGCAAGGCCCAUCCACCCGAGCUGAAAAAGUACAUGGACAAGAAAUUAUCAAUUAAGAUCAAUGGUGGUCGACACGUAACUGGGGUUCUUCGAGGAUUUGAUCCGUUUAUGAACAUCGUUCUCGAUGAGGCCGUUGAGAACGUCUCAUCUAGUGAGAAACAUAAUAUUGGCAUGGUGGUUAUUCGUGGUAAUAGCAUAGUAAUAAUGGAGGCUUUGGAAAGAGUAUAGCGUUUCCAGGAUUAUCUUUGAGUGACUGGUGUAGAAUAUGCUGUAAUAUAAACUGUACAAAUGAAACCAUCUGACCUUGGCUUGCCUGACGCUUUCAUGAUAGAUAUUGAUUAAAACAUAGGCUGAAAGAAAUGUGUAGCUAAAUUCGACCAAACAUUUUGUAUUUUUUAAAAUUAAAAUAAACGCUGGAAAACAA